AUGCAUAGAUCAUUAACUUCAUAUUUACCUACGAUCUACGCGUUAUCAACACCGCCGGGUCAGAGGUCAGCGAUAGCAGUAAUAAGAAUAUCAGGUGCUAAAGCCAAGUAUAUAUAUCACAAAUUAACUAAAUCAAAAGCAGCUCCAAUACCAAGAAGGGCUUCUUUGAGGAAGAUUUAUGAACCCCAAAAAAACGGGAAGUUAUUAGACCAAGCACUUGUUUUAUUUUUCGAAGAACCAAAGACUUUUACUGGCGAAGACAUAUUGGAAGUUCAUUUACAUGGUGGGAAAGCAGUUACAAAUGGCGUUUUGAAAAGUAUUCAAAGUUUACAUAGUAAUAGUAGUGAAGAAAAUAUAUCUAUUAGGUAUGCUCAACCGGGUGAAUUUUCUAAAAGGGCAUUUCAAAAUGGAAGAGCAGAUUUAACCCAGCUUGAAGGAAUUGGUGAUUUAAUUGAUGCUGAAACUGAAUCUCAAAGAAAAAGUGCAUUAUCAAGUUUUAAUGGUGAAAACAAAGUGCUAUUUUCGAGCUGGAGAAAAUCUAUUUUGGAAAACAUGGCACAAUUGACAGCUAUUAUAGAUUUCGGAGAAGAUGCAGAUAUUGAAGAUAUAGACAACAUUUUUAAUGGGGUCUCGAGAAAUGUGGAGCUUUUAAAGGGAGAUAUAAGUAGUUUUGUUAAAAAAUUAGAAAAAUCAAAUAUUUUGAAAGCCGGUAUUAAAUUGGCUUUGAUUGGCGAGCCAAAUGCUGGGAAAUCAUCUCUUUUAAAUACAAUGGUCGACGACAAUGUAGCAAUUGUUAGUAAUAUACCUGGAACUACUCGAGACAGCAUAGACGUAAUGUUGGACCUGGAAGGUUAUAAAGUAGUAAUAUGUGAUACCGCAGGUAUACGAAACAAAAGUUCAGAUGAAAUUGAAUUGCAAGGAAUUGAAAGGGCUAAACUGAAAAGUGUACAUAGUGAUAUUGUACUGUUACUGGUUGAUUCAGCAAAUCCUUCUGGAAAUUUUAUUUCCGAGGAUAUGCUAGAACAUUUUAAUACCAGCUUGAAGCGAAAAGAAGUUUUUAUAGUAUUAACUAAAACAGAUUUGCUCAAAGAUAGAAACCAACUUGCGGGUAUUAAAGAAAGUAUUAGCAAAAAACUUAACGGGAACUAUCCAAUAUGCGCCAUAUCGUGUGUAGAGAAUACUGGUGUUGAGGAAUUAAUGGGGAGUUUAAUUAGCAAAUUCCAAGAAAUAACAAAUUCAAAUGAUGAAACUGGUCCAAUAAUUGUAUCAAAGCGGGUAGAAGAAAUUUUGCAUAAUGAUGUGCUGUAUGGGCUAAAAGAAUUUCAAAAUGCUAAAGCUUUAGAUGAUGUAGUUAUGGCAUCUGAAGGUUUGAAUAUAGCUUCAGAAGGUAUAGGUAAAAUCACUGGUGAAACCAUUGGAGUAGAAGAAGUCCUGGGAGUUGUAUUUUCUAAUUUUUGUGUAGGAAAAUAG